UGUGUUUAUAAGGAAGUGCCUCCACUCUCCAGCACCAGAGGGUUUGUUGCUGCUUGAGAUCGGGAGCGUGGAAGCCUAAAACAUGAAAGUCUUAGCGGCAUUAGCUUGCAUUCUGGCAUGCUGCCUGGCCCAGGCACCUCACCCAUGCAAAAUGCCUCCUCUUCUGACCGGGGCCCUCACCAUAUCCACACAGACUCAGAAGCUGUGGGCCUACGCCAAUUAUGAGUAUGAUGCAUUCGGAAGGCGCCUGCGACUCACCGAGAUGGGCAACUACGAGAAUAAGACGUUCACCAUCGAUUAUCUUCUACACUACAGAGAGGCUGCCAUUUAUGAGAUUGACACCAAAACUCGGACAUGCAAGAAAAUGCCUCUGAAAGAUGACUUCCAGCCGUGGCAAAUCCCCGAAAAUUCAUCCCUGGUGGGCCAGGCUGUUGUGGGCAGCUCCUCUGGACCUGGACAGGGACUUCUGGUCAACACUUGGAUAUCAAUUGCGCCACAAGGAAAGUACAUCAGCACAGUCACUGAAUUCGGAUGCAUUCCUGUCAACACAGUGUUCCACGAUGGCCAGCUUGGAUGGACGGUGACAAGCUUCUUCAACAACGUCAUUGGGAUCACAGACCCCAACAAGCUCAACCUUCCAGACUUUUGCCAGGGUGCAGAGAUCGAGACCGGCAGUGAAGACGAGCCAGACAGCUUCCUCAAGUUGUUCCAUAAAAAGCAGUGAGGGCCUCCUUUAGCUUAUGCUCCAGCAAGUUGCGCUACAGAAUCAUAGCUUUGUCAUGUUCUGUGUGUCACCUUUAUUCCUGCUAAGAGCAUCAUUUCAAGCAUCCUGGACUUUGCAUCUCAGGCGAAAAAGUUGCACCUACAAUUUUUGUGUUGGCAAUAGAUUAAAAACAUCUUCUGUUUUCUGUUUGUCAUGUUCAUCAAUAAAAAUCCAAGAAUACUAAACAAAUG